AUGAAUGUAAUACCAUUUUUAUACCAACCUGCGAUACAAGCACUUAUUUUCCUAAUUGCAAAUAUUUUCGCUUUACUAGUCACUGUUUGUUUUGUUCGGUCAUUUUCAUUGAUUUCUUUAUUUCUUUAUUCCACGAUCGUUACAGUCAUAUGCAGAAAAAUAGCACGUGGUGGUUCAUAUACGCCACCUCAAAAUACUGAUUUAACUGGCCAAACAAUCAUAGUUACAGGAGCGGCAUCAGGAAUUGGACGUGUAUCAGCCAUCGAAUUAGCUAAACUAGGCGCAAAAGUUAUUGUUGGUGUACGUGGUCAAAAUAGAGCUGAAAAAGUAGCUCAAGAAUUAGAACAUGAAGCACGUGUUGUCGGUAAUGGUAAACUAAUUGGUUACAAUUUGGAUUUAUCCAAACUAUCGACCGUGAAAGAUUUUGCUAAUAAAAUUCUUGAGCAUGAACAACAUGUCAAUAUUCUAUUGAAUAAUGCUGGUACUGCAUAUCCACGACAUUCAUUGACAUUUGAUGGAUUAGAAAUCGUAUUCGGUACAAAUCAUAUUGGUCAUUUCUAUCUAACGCAACUUCUUUUACCAUUACUAAUUCAAUCAAAAGCGCGUAUUGUUAAUGUUAGUAGUAUGAUGCAUUUUGUUGUGAAUAAGGGUAUUAAUUAUGAAUUUUCUUGUUCAUUAUAUAAUUCAAAAAUUGCAUAUGGACAAUCAAAAUUAGCUCAAAUAUGGCAUGCUAGGGAAUUACAACAGCGUUAUGGCCAACAAGGAAUUAAAGCCUAUUCGCUUCAUCCAGGAGUGAUUUAUACAGAUAUAACAAGACGUGCACCAAAAUUAUUUGCAUUGAUUCAGAAAUUAAUAUUGAUGAUAAUUGGAAAAUCAUUAUAUCAAGGUGCACAAACAAGUUUAUAUUGUUCAUUGUCUAAUCAAGCUAAACCAGGACAAUUUCAUACUGAUUGCAAAGAAGGUAUACCAAGUCCAUUGGCUUAUGAUCAAACAUUAGCCGAAGAAUGUUGGAAGUUUAGUGAAGACAUAAUCAAGGAAAAAACCAAAUAUUUCUAA